AUGGAGGUAGUGCGCAACAGCGUUGAAAAGUUCGAAAUAUUCUCACAGACAGUGGAUUUAGAAACACCAUGCGAAUCGGCUCAACCAAAGUGGCUUUCAAGAUCAUGCAGUGGACGGGACAGAUUUGGUCCCUUCCAUCUCAGUGACUGUUCUUGGCUCACUCCUCAUCCUGUAAAUCCCCUCACAGAAGGACAAUAUGCCAACAACUGCUCCAAUGACAAAAAGUUACUUGAUUGUACAUAUAAAGUUGGACAUAUCUUUCAAAAAUGUUACUUGCUAUCCACAGAAAAAGCUGCUAAUGUUUACUAUCAAGAGUUUGAUGUACUGGUUGGAUUUCCUGUAGAGCUUUGUCAAUACCUGCCUAGUGUCAAUUACAGACCUGAUGUACAAAGGCAUAUUUGCUUUUGCGCUGUCGUUCUUGUGUCACUGAGAGAUAUUAAUGUUGGUGAAGAGUUGUUCUCUAACUACUAUACAAUUGUGCAUUUAACCCUCCUAUGGUAUUCGGUCAUUUUUGACCGAAAAACAUUUUUCAAAUGUAAUAGAAAUGGUUUCCUUUAUAUGAGCAGCACAAGACUUGGUGACUUUUACUCCAUCUGAACAUACAAAAAAAAACAAAUGUGGGCUUGAUUCGAUAAGUCUAAGAGGUCGUUAAAAACAAAGCAAAACCUUUGGUAUUUGUGGUCAAAAUUGACCGACCAUUGAAAAUGAAUGGGAAAGACCAAAAAACAGAGGAAUUGUUUUUUUGAUCUGUCAGAUACAAUCAGUAAAUCAGCCACAAUGCAGAAAAAAACUGACAUAAAUUACAGGGUGAGACUCUAAAACAUCCUCAGUGCAAAACAUACACAUCCACGCACACAAAGAAUGAACUGGUGAGACUUUAACGUGCUUUUUUUGUUUUACAUUUGUCAAAUAAAAUAAAUCAGCCACAAUGCAGAACACACACACACAGAAUCAGGGCAUCAAUAAAUGGAGCUCUACAGCCAUCUUUUGCUCAUUGUUGGCAUUACAAGUCAU